GUCGUUUCGAGUUCAAUACGGUUCCUCACGGGCAUGGAAUGAGCACAUGGCGUCUCUGUACAGGCGACGACAUCCAUGCACAUGAACCACACACGUGACACGCAUCAACGUCAUGGAGGUCCACUGGUCUCUGUCAUCUUGCGAUAUGUACACAUGAAUCGAAGAAACCUCUCACGCAUGCGGCACGAGCGAUAGGGCGACAGACAUCUGCCCUCAAAGUCAGAUGUGAGAGUAUAUGCAAUCACACGCGUCGUAGCCGAUCUCCAUGUCGCUCAAGCUGUACUGGUCAUCCCAUCCCAACACAUCCAGCGCAUCCAGGCCGGCCCUCGACACUGACGCUCCCUUCUCCAGCAACUUCACCAUGUCGGUCACGUCCACCCCCAACAACUCCUCGUCUCUCCUCUCGGCCCACUCAGCGUCACUCCACCCGCUCUCCACACGCAGCCAUGCCACCUCACGGAACAGCGACUCCAUCACGUGGAUGUCGUCUGCCCCACGGUCGAGGAGUUUGUUGAUGGUGGCUCGCUUGACAUCCCACCCGCCGAAGUCAAACAUGAGGGACCGGUAGGCGUGCUGGAGGGGUCGCCGGCCGUGGUCGUCUGGUGCGUUGACGACGUCUUCGCCCACUGUGUCGAUCAAAUACUCGAUGAGCUGCUCCUGGCAGCUGGUGUCGGCCAGUGGGAAUUGGCAGAAGUGGUGGAUGGGCUGCUCUCCGUUGCCGUCCUUCUCCCAGAGGACCGACUCGUCACGAUCGCCAAGCAUCUUGAUGACCUCCAGUAUCUCAUGACCCUCCCCCGCCCCUUCAUCCCCGUAGGUCUCCUCGCUGGCCAUCCCAUGGACCAGGCACUGACCUGUGACGUCGGCGCCGUACUGGGGCUGCAUCAUGAGCUUGACGAGGCUCCAGCUGCCCGUGCCAAUCGCCCUCGAGAGUGCGAUGCCAGGCUUGUCUGCCUCGGGGGGGUGCGAUCGGCCCCCCUGCAUCCAGCAGCUCCCUCACCACUCCCUCAGCGGCCUCUGGGCACAGGUGCUCGACAGCCAGCUCGACAAGGGUCCGUUUGUCGCUGUCUGCCGUCACGAUGGCCUCGGCAUCGGCCCCCUGCUCGAGCAGACCUCGUGCAGUGUGACCAGUGAUGUCCUCACGCACGAUUCUGGUGGCCAGCUGCUUGGUCAACUGACAUGCACCGUCGUAGAAUUCGAGUUCGGUCUGCUGAUGGUGGGGCCGGCAGACGGUGAAGCUGUCUGGGAGGGGGACGGGGUGGGUGACGGGGGUGAAGGGGGCAGGCUGCUCGCUGUCGCUCGACAUGGAAUGGAUGAGCUGAUAGAUGGGCAACGCACACACACACACACACACGCACAGAGAGAGAGAGCCCCAUCCAUUGGAUCGUUCACACUGGCCAAUGCUUCAAUCUCCUGUCCCGUACCUCCUUAUCAAUCUCCUCGGUCAU